CAACACAUACACAGGGGACUGAGCAGAGCUCCAUGCGUAUCACCACUCCGUGCAAGCAAAGCAGUAACAUCCUGAGGAAGAGAUGGGAGGUGGAGGACACCAGGGUGAGCAGCUGGGGUCAGCAGAGAGCAGUUCAUGUGCACAGUACACCUGGGAGGAAGUGCAGAAGCACAACUGUAGGGGUGAUCAGUGGCUGGUGAUCGAGAGAAAAGUAUACAAUGUGACUGAGUGGAUAAAAAGACAUCCUGGAGGACGCAGAAUUCUUGGGCACUAUGCUGGAGAAGAUGCAACGGACGCCUUUACAGCCUUCCAUCCGGAUCAGCGUUUCGUGCGGAAGUUCCUGAAGCCUCUGCUGCUGGGAGAGUUGGUGCCCUCAGAGCCCAGUCAAGACCACGGCAAAAAUGCUGCUUUAAUGGAAGAUUUCCGGACCUUGCGUAAGCAGUUGGAGGCACAGGGCUUGUUCCGUACCAGUCUGCUAUUUUUUAUCCUACAUCUUGGCCACAUUCUGCUCUUGGAGGCUCUGUCUUUAGCACUCCUUUGGACAUUUGGAAAUGGCUGGAUUAUUACAAUUCUAAUAUCUGUCAUAUUGGCCACUUCACAGGCUCAGGCUGGCUGGCUUCAGCAUGACUUUGGCCACCUAUCAGUCUUUAAAAAUUCUACCUGGGAUCAUCUUGUGCACAAAUUUGUCAUUGGACACCUGAAGGGGGCAUCUGCAAAUUGGUGGAACCAUCGCCACUUUCAGCACCAUGCUAAGCCCAAUGUGCUCAGUAAGGACCCUGACGUUAACAUGAUUAACAUCCUGGUCCUGGGAAACAUUCUGCCUGUUGAGUAUGGGAUUAAAAAGUUGAAGCACCUGCCCUAUAAUCAUCAGCACCAGUACUUCUUUUUGAUUGGCCCACCCCUGCUCAUACCAGUAUACUUUAACGUGCACAUUUUGCAAACUAUGUAUUCGCAAAGGGAUUGGGUGGAUUUUGCAUGGUAUUUGUCUUACUAUGCACGAUAUCUCAUGUGGUAUGUUCCCUAUUAUGGAAUUCUGGGUUCUUUAGUGCUUCUGACAUUUGUCAGGUUUCUUGAGAGUCACUGGUUUGUGUGGGUGACCCAGAUGAAUCACAUUCCCAUGGAUAUUGACUAUGAAAAACAUGAUGACUGGCUCAGCAUGCAGUUGAAAGCUACUUGUAAUGUUGAGCAUUCGCCGUUCAAUGAUUGGUUCAGUGGCCAUCUCAACUUCCAGAUUGAGCACCAUCUCUUCCCAACGAUGCCUCGCCAUAACUAUAGCCGUGCGGCUCCUCAAGUACGAGAACUUUGUGAGAAGUAUGGAAUUCACUAUCAGGUCAAAGGCCUGUGGGAAUCCUGGUGCGACAUUGUCAGCUCUUUGAAAACGUCUGGCGAGCUGUGGCUAGAUGCCUACCUCCACAAAUAAUCAUCAUCUCUGCUGUGUUUCCUUCAACGAUUGUUUAUAAUCAUGCCUACAGUGUAAUAAUGAAUCAACAAUAUUGACAUGGGAUUUUAAUUCAGUGACAGGAGUAUCCCUCGUAAACUUUGUUUUGUUCUUUAAUUCACACUUUAAUCUUCUCAUUAUCUAUUGUCCUAUAUGCUGGAACUGAUGUGCUUUACUUGUAAGUGAAUUGGGACCACAGACAUCUCCUGGAUAAAAAUAGCAUUUAUCUUUCCAUACUGAUGGUAACAUUAGAGACAAAUUAAAU